CAUUGACCCAACAGAUCAGUAGCCAUAUUAGAAUAACUUCAUGUAUCUCCUUGAAAUGUUGUCUGCCGAUAAAUAAAUUGGCAGACAACAGUCUCCUUAAUCCUUAGUAUUUUAGUGCUAUUAGCAUGCACAAUGGUGGGAAUAAGAAAAAUGAGAAGAGAGCUCCCUAAUAACACUUUAAGCUUUAAAUUAAAUGUAUAAAAACAGUAAAAAGGAUGGCAGCUUAUGGAUAACAUUUUGAAGCAGAUGGGUAAGAAAGAAAGAGAAAACUUUAUUUUGUAUUGGAGGAUCAUGGUCAUCUUUCCAUGGAACAACCGAAACAGACUUAAAAAUGUAGAAACACUGAUUUGCACUGUUGAAGAUAUCACCAGAAGACUGACUUCAGAUCCAGGACCAGUCACUAUCAUUGUGUAGUUUACACAUUUACCCCCUUGUUGAUUUUCUCUGCUGUCUUCCUACAUUUCCAAAGCAUCUCAAAGUUUAGAUGAAAUUUCUUCUAAGAAUUAUUCUACCAUUACAACUAGCAGGUUAAGCACUUGAUUCGUCGUGGGAUCCUCAACGCCCAGAUCGUCAGUCAAGUGUCUAAGCUUCACAAGGGACAUAUUUACAAGAUUACUGAGAUUUAUAAGAUUAUUAAACUGCAAGAUGUUACGUCGUAGAAGUAUAUUAUCCUUUGCAAAAUGCCUCAUAAGGCGGAAGAAGGUGAAUAUGGAUAACUUGGAGGACACCAAAUUGUGCCGCUGUCUGACCACCAUUGAUCUAAUUGCCCUGGGAGUGGGCAGCACCCUGGGGGCAGGAGUGUAUGUGCUGGCUGGAGAGGUGGCAAAAGGAAAUUCAGGACCCAGCAUAGUGGUAUCUUUCCUGAUUGCAGCCCUGGCAUCUGUCAUGGCAGGACUUUGUUACGCUGAAUUUGGAGCUCGGGUGCCAAAGACUGGCUCAGCAUACCUCUACAGUUACGUAACAGUAGGUGAAUUGUGGGCUUUUAUCACAGGAUGGAACUUGAUCCUUUCGUACGUGAUAGGAACAUCAAGUGUAGCAAGAGCAUGGAGUGGCACCUUUGAUGAACUCUUGGGCAAACGCAUUGAGCAUUUCUUUGGAACUUAUUUUAAAAUGAGCUCCCCUGGCCUGGCUGAAUACCCUGAUUUUUUUGCAGUGUGUCUUAUCCUAGUCUUGUCAGGUCUUUUAUCUUUUGGAGUAAAAGAAUCUGCUUGGGUCAACAAAAUCUUUACUGCCAUUAAUGUCCUGGUCCUUGUCUUUGUUAUUAUUGCUGGAUUUGUGAAAGGAGAUUCCAUGAACUGGAGUAUAUCUGAAGAAUUCCUUGUAAACAUUACUGCUAUGACAAAAAACACAUCUCUGACAAGUAAUAUCUCAAGUGCCUAUGGCAAGGGUGGCUUUAUGCCUUAUGGUUUUGGGGGAACUCUGGCAGGAGCUGCCACAUGCUUCUAUGCGUUUGUUGGCUUUGACUGCAUCGCAACAACAGGGGAAGAAGUGAAAAGUCCACAGAAAGCUAUUCCAGUUGGCAUUGUGACAUCUCUCCUUGUCUGUUUUUUGGCUUAUUUUGGGGUCUCGGCUGCCCUUACUCUCAUGAUGCCCUAUUACCUGCUUGAUGAGAAGAGCCCUCUCCCUGUUGCUUUUGAGUAUGUUGGUUGGGGUCCUGCAAAAUUUGUGGUGGCUGUUGGCUCCCUUUGUGCGUUGUCAACAAGUCUGCUCGGUUCCAUUUUCCCAAUGCCUCGUGUUAUCUAUGCUAUGGCAGAGGAUGGGGUGCUUUUCAAAGUCUUAGCCAGAGUCAAUCCUAAAACGAAGACCCCAGUUAUCGCUACAUUGACCUCCGGUGUGGUAGCAGCUGUCAUGGCGUUCCUCUUUGACCUGAAGGCCCUUGUUGAUAUGAUGUCCAUUGGGACCCUCCUUGCCUAUUCACUAGUUGCUGUCUGUGUACUUAUUCUCAGAUAUCAGCCAGACAUAAAUUAUGAGAAAGCCAAAAUGAGUGAAGAGAAGGAACAUCUUACAUCAGAUGAAGCGGAAUCUGAAACAAUUGAGUCAGAGUCUCAAGUUGCAAUGCUUAAAGAUGAAGGAUUUAAUCUGCAGAUGAUACUCAACCCUUCCAUGCUGCCAACAGAACAAUCAUCAACAGUUGUCAACAUUUCAGUGUGCCUCAUAGUCGUAGUGAUCUGUGUAGCAAGCACUCUCACAACCUAUAAAGGAAAUGCUGUUCUUGCGAUGGAGCCCUGGAUGAUGGGUCUGCUUGCUGUGUGUGUCGUGAUGUUUGCUGUGUGCCUGCUUAUUGUCUGGAGGCAACCACAGUCAGACCAAAAAGUUUCAUUCAUGGUCCCUCUCCUACCAUUCUUACCUGUGCUUAGUGUAUUUAUUAAUGUUUAUCUCAUGGUCCAGCUAAGUGGUGACACAUGGAUACGAUUUUCCAUCUGGAUGUUGGUUGGUUUUUUGAUUUACUUCUGUUACGGCAUUAGACACAGUAUGGAAGGGAAGCGGGAGCAGGAUCCAGUCAAGAGCCGAAACAAUGCAGCAGAGGAGGAUGCCAAUGCAGAUGAAAACGAUCGCUUCCUCACCCAUGAAAAAACAAGUGAAUUUUAAGCCUCAACAGACACUUAAAGGCUGGUUUCUAGUCUUGUUCUCUCUGUUACUGCAACUGGUCCAAACACAUUGUCAGUGUUCAGCUGCUUUUUGCAAGUCAUCACUGGAUGUGUUGCUAAUGCUGUCAGAAACUGUGUGGGUCCUCAAGAGAAGCGAAUCUCGGUUGAACUCACAAAGGACUACCAAUGAUGGCAAAAUCAGGCUCUUCUCUUCAGUGAAUCAGAUCAGGCUAGUAAAUGUGAGCGUUGAAAUCUGAAUAGCUGGCUAAACUGGGAUAAUGUACUGAAUUAUUCUCAUUGAAGCCACAGUAAAUGAAAAGUUGAUAGAGUAAUUCAAGCCUGCUGAUGCAAGAAAGAAGAAUUUAUAGACCAAAAGACACCUCUAUCAGGUGCUGAAGUGCUGUUAUUACCCUAUCAAUAAACAUACUGGGUGCAGUGAACGUGCAUUUCACUUUAACGUUUUUAUUAUUAUUUUGUUGUGUCCUUGUUUUUAUUGUUAUUACAUUAGUAAGAUGAUAAUAUUUGCAUUAACCAAAAUGUCUUAACAAAAGCAUUACUAAUUAAUCGCUGCCAAAAUGAUGUAAAGUGCAGAUUUCUAGCAUAAUCUUAUUAUAAUGAUUUCCUUUUUAUCAGUUUUGCCUGACUUUUCAUUUUAAUUAUUAUUUUUUUAAUAGUAUUGUUAAGCAGAAUCCAGUAAAAUAGCACAAUAUUAAAACUGCUUUACUGGUAA